AUGCGUUUCUCAACUCAGACCCUCGUUGCCCUUUUGGCCUCUCCUCUCCUGGCCUUUGCCGCUAGCGAGAACAAGUUCACCAACUCCGACUACAACGGUAUCACUGCUGGUCAGACUUUCAACAUCAAGUGGGACCCUACCACCUCUGGCACUGUCUCCCUCAUCCUCCGCUCCGGUGCCAGCAACAAUCUGACUCCUGGAGUCUACGUUGCUCAGGGUAUCUCCAACUCUGGCAGCUACAGCUGGUCUGUCCCCUCAGACAUCACCCGUGGUUCCGACUACGCUCUCGAGAUCGUCGACGACUCUAACACCUCCAACGUCAACUACACUCCCCAGUUUGUCGUUGACAGCACAAACACCGUCGCCUCGUCGACCUCAUACAUCAGCCAGUCAGCAAGUGCCUCUGCUUCUUCAGCCUCUGGCUCAGCUUCCUCAAGCGCUUCUUCCGCAUCCAGAUCUGCCUCUUCGUCGGCUGCAUCCGCCUCUUCCUCCGCCUCGUCAGCAUCUGGCUCGGCUUCCUCGAGCCUCUCGUCGGCUUCAAGAUCGGCUUCUUCGUCGGCAGCUUCUGCCUCAUCUUCCGCUGCUAGCCGCGCUUCCAGCGCUUCGAACUCAGUUGCUCCUACCUCCACUGGUGGUGCCAUGGCUUCUGCCAUCCCUUUCGGUCUCAUGGCCCUUGGUGCCCUUGCUCUGUAA